AUGACCCCCACCAUGAUGACAACCCGUCUCCUCCUCAGCCGCACCAUCCUCGCCGGCCCCGCCAAAACGGCAGCGCUCCGGGCCCGGCAGCGGACCUUGUCCACAACGCCCGCCCGGCCGACCAACAACAACAACACCAACAACGCCGGCAACGGGAACCCAUCAUACCCAGCCUUCAGCCUCAACCACAUCAGCGCGAACCCCAGGGUUCGCUACGCCCUCGCCGCGGCGCUGCUGGGGCUCGGGUUCGUGGAGGGCGCAGCGUGGAUGAAGUACUGGCCCAAGAUCAUGGGGAGGGAUGUGGAGGGCGAGGGCGAGGGAGAGGCGGGGAAGUGA